AUGUCCCAAUGGUCUAGAAGGCGAACUGGUGGCCUCCAAAGAAACCAUUCCCUCCCCCUGUUUUUUGAAUCAAUCUCCGAGGAAGAUCAAGCCCGCGAAAUCAAAACUUCGCUCGAAUGCGCCCGUAUAGCCCAAUCUGGACUCAAAACAAUCAAUCUGUGCUGCUUAUCAAUCAAAAACUUACCAAUUGUCGCCAUUUCUCAAACUGUCCGAGGAGAACAUCCAUUUUCAGCUUUAGACAAGCCGGACUACGAACAAAUGCUAAUGCAAGCAGAUCUGCCCGUUAUUAUCAAUUUAGAAGGAAAUCUGAUCGAAGCAAUUCCAGUUGAGUUGUAUUCUUUAUUACCCAUUAAAGGACUAUUUCUGCGCACUAAUAAGUUGACAAAGCUAUCGCAUAAAAUAGCGAAACUAACCAACUUAACUAUGUUAACUUUAGCGAAUAACCCGAUUAAGUAUCUGCCGAUUGAGUUAUUUGACUUGCCUUUAACCCAGUUUACGAUUAGUCCUAACCAUUUUAUGACCGCAGACGAGAUAGAACGGGCUAAUUCGGCCAGUGAAUUUAGUGGACUUAAGAGUCUAAAAGAGAUAUGUAUUAAUGAAAUGGGCGCUUUGAAGCCUUUGGAUAUCCUACCGAUUCGCACGGACUAUGAUCAGUGUCGGAGCUGUCGGGCAUAUACGGCCACGGGACAACCGAUUUAUAAAGUUCUUUCCUUCCGAGAUACGCUCAUUCCCUUUGAGCUUAUUGUCUGCUCUCUCCAGUGCAAACAAGCACUACUAGAUGGAGGCAGUUAA